AUGCUUCUGUUAAGACUGACAGUUGUUAGAAACCUCUACCGAACCAAUUUGGUUAGGGUGAGUAGAGUUCCAAUAGUUAGUGUACGUUUUCAAAGUACUGUUCAAGAAACUGUUCAAGAAUCUUCAACUAUCAAUACCACCACUGAGAAAGAGUCUACAUCUAGGCCAAAAGCAAGACAUCACCCUAAAGUAUGGGACAUAUCCAAUCAGAUUACUGAGACCAUCAAUUCUCCUACCACGGAUUUGGUGGAAAGAAUUCUGAUUUUGGAUGAAGGGUUAAGUUAUUUAAAACUGAUCCAAGAGUCUGAGAGAAUUACCGAUAAAUCAUUAAAUCAAAGAUUCCUGUCAAUAGUUUCCAAAGUACUCUCGAUGGCAAUAGAGAAUAAUAACACUCCCGAACAUGACCGUGUGGAACAAGUAUUAGAAAUUUUGAUCAGAAAUGGUGUUGCUAACAGGUAUCAUUUUACAGCAGCAGCAGCUGAUUAUAUGAAACAUGACAAUUCGGCCUAUGAAAAGGUAUUAAGUCUUUGGAUUAGAUGUCUUGAAUCUGAAAAGGAAGACACCUCCAGAGUCAUAAAUUCCAGUAUCCUUCUUCAACUCGAAUAUAAACCUUACUAUCUCCCUAAUUUGGUAUACUUUUCUUAUAUCCAAAUGUGUCAAGCUCAAAACGUGAAGAUCUCUCUCCCCGAUCUUCUUAAGUUGUUGCAGAGAGAAACUCUUCCUUCUCCUUUCUUAGUUAAAAAUACUUUAAACGAAUUGAGGUUGGAGAACUGUAUAAACCAAUUCGAUGGAUUCUAUAGAGCUGUUAAAGCAGCCGAAUUCCAAAACUUAGAUCCAAAUGGACCAUUGAUAUACAAGACAAUUACCAAAGCAGUUGAAACAAGAAAUGUUUCCAAAUUGAGAUACAUUUUCAAUGAAGCCAGAUCCGCAGCUGCAAAAAACAAAACGUAUCUUUCUGAUGUUACAAUGGCUAGAUUCAUGGAUGCAUACUUUGAAUUAGGACAAUUCGAUCAAGUAUUUGAACUUUUCAAUAACAUGCUUGACAAAGGAUUUAAACCUACUACUCGUAUAUGGAAUGUUGUAUUGAGAACUAUGGGAAAUCCUGACUAUGUAAAGGACUCUCCCAAUAAAGAAGUUUUAGUUGCAAAUUUAGAGAAAGCAAUCGCCUCAGCCAUCACACCUGGACUGGUUAGUGCUAAGACUCUUUCUAUUAUAAUAAGUGGAUUUGCAACUCUCGAUAGAUUUGACUUGGUUGAUUCAUACUUGGAUCAAUAUGUAACUAAGGGUCAGAUACCGUUAAUUGAUCCAAUUAAGAAUAAUAUCUUGUUGGGAUUGCUUUUCAAUAAGAAAGUUCAAGAGGCCGAAAAGAAGCUCGAUGAAUAUAGAAAAGCUGGUGAUUAUAUUCCAUCCACCAGUGUUCUUAACUCUUUCUUGUAUGCUUAUUCCAAGGCUGGUAAUGCUAAGGCUGUCGAAGGGUUAAUCAAAUACAUGAAGAAGGAAAAUAUUCCUGAAACUGUGGCUACCCAUACCAUCUUUAUUGAUUAUUUCUUCAAAUCGAAUCAAGAAAAGGGGUUAAUGGCAGAUGUCGAUCAGUUACUUGAAACUUUAAACAACGCAAAGAACUUUAAGUUAAAUGAUGCAACAUAUACUGCUAUUAUUGAUGGUUUAAUCCAAAAUUCAAACAAUAUCGAAGCAGCUAGACAAAUAUUUGCUAAAGCUAUAGCUAAAUAUCCAGGUAAUGCUCAUUUAUAUGUGGUCAUGAUGAAGGGAGAAAUUGAUAUUGGACUGUUGAGAGCUCUUGAUGAUUUGUUUGAAACCUAUACCACCAGUGUUAAAAAUGAAAUCAGAAUAUGGAAUAUGAUAAUUAAAAUGCUUUUAUAUAAGAACAUUGGUUUGGCCCAAAGAUACUACGCUAGAUUACUCGGCAGUACUACUGUCAAACCUAACUACUUCACUUUCUACUUCUUAUUAAACUUCUUUUCUAGAAGAGACGAUAAAGAUGAAGUUCAAAAGAUUCUUAACGAUCUUGCAUCUAAUCCAAUUUCUGAGCUAGGCGAUCAAUUACCUUCAUUAUUAGAAAGAUUAUCGUUGAGCUACAAAGUUGAUCCCAAAUUGUUAAGCAAAUAA